AUGGCUGACAAACCAUCACCAUCCCCCCCACCACUCCUCUCGGGCCUCCUCCUCCUCCUACUCCUCCUCUCCACCACUACCCAAGCAGCCGUCCUCCCCGUCCUCCCAGACCCGACCCCUCAACCAACAACAACAGCCACCAGAACCACAACAAGGCCUCUACUCUUCCCCCCGCCCCCGCCCCCGCCCCCGCCCCCGACCCCCGGCCCGACCACGACCACGGCCUCGCCGCCGCAGCCGUCGUGCGACGUCCGAUACUGCGCCGACGGCACGCAGUUCUGCGCCUACUGGGCCGGCGUCACGGCGUGGGAGCCGGGGAGGGGCCCCGUGCCGGGGGAGACGGUUACUGCACUGGGGGCGUGUGACGGGGGUGGUGGGGGGUGA